GCAGUGCACUUGUGUACCAGGAAGUCAGUCAGCACAAUAACAUUUCCGUGUUUAGCUAGCUACAACCAUGACAGUGACGUGCAUGCUGAAAAUCUUUCAGAAACAUGUCUGAGGAAAUCCUGGAGGACCGGACUGUUGAGGUGUCCGAAAUACCUGCCGCAGUUGAGGAUGAAUUCUUGGGGUUGUACUUUGAAAACAAGCGUUCUGGAGGGGGACCACUGUUGUCUCUGAACAGGAGAGGUAGCUGUGCAGUGUUGGUAUUCGAAGAAGCAGAGGUUGCUGCAAGGGUUUUAGCCAAAGAACGCCAUGUGCUGCAGGGUUUUUUGCUUACAGUUAGAAAGCAAGCCCUUAAGGAUCCUGGGAAGUUGCUGCUCCGUGGGAUGCACCCCAGCACCAACCUGGAGUUGCUGGAGCUAUAUGUGGAGAACGUCACUGGGAUGAAAGAUGGAGACUACACGUUAUACCCUUCCAAAGGGAAAGACUUGGCGCUGAUUCAUUUUCACAAACCAAUCUCAAAGGAAGAAAUUCAAAGAUUGGCUACAAAAAUCAGUGCAAAGCUUUUGGAUGGAGCCACAAUUCACCUGGAACAGAUCAACCAGACAAAUGGCAUUUUGGUGGAGAACUUUGCUCCCAGUACCACUGAAGAUUUGCUCACUCUUUAUUUUGAGAAUAGAUGUGGGGGUGGGGGGAAGGUGAAGGAAGUCAACAUGAUGUCAGCUGGGAGAGCCAAAGUCAACUUUGUGGACUUUGAAACUGUGGAACACAUACUGAGACAGACCCACAAACUGGAGAACUGUAAUUUGAACAUCCAACCUUACUAUGACUUCAUGGAAAGAAAAGCGAACCCACAAUCUUUGAGCCCUCUGAAUGGUACUGGGGAAGUGAGCGAUAAUGUAGAAAAUGUGCUCUCAAGCAGUCUUGGUAGAGAAGAGAGUCCUCUCAUAGCGAUGGAUACAUCGGUUUCAGAAAUCCAUCCCUCCUCAGUAUGGGGAGUGGAAACAGUAGGAAGGGCUAUGGAUCGGGUUGCCCCAGCUCCAGGGACCGGAGCAGCUGAACCAAACAAGGAGAACAUUCUACCCGGUGAACCUUCUACACCUUUUUCUGGUAUAAUUUCCAUGCCAGACCCAAUGAAACUCAGCCUGUUGAAAAGUAGCCUUCUCUUCCAAGACCUCCAAAAGUCUCAUUCUAGCUUUGACAUCAGAAUCACGGACAGUGCUGUGAAGAUCUCUGGGCCAAGCCAACCUGGUGUCGAACAGCUGAAGAGUCAAAUCCUUGAGUUCCUCAUUGGAAUUGCACAGGCAAAUCUACUCUUUGACGAGGAGAAGAUGAGACUACUUGUUAGGGAAGAGGUGAAAGGCAGACUACUGGAGCAUCUGAAAGAGCAGGGCCUGCCAUCCAUGUACACAGUGUCGGAUUGCAUGGUCACAGUCACGUCAUCGUCUCUGGAGGCAGUGGAUGAAGCCUGUAAAUGUAUCAAGUCUUUGAUUUGUGAAUUCAACAUAGUAAUCGCCCCAGAAUACGAGUGCAUGCUAUAUUCCAAGGAGUGGUUUGUAUUCUUAGAUUCUUUGGGGUUCUGCUCUGUCACCAACAGCGAAGAACACAUUAAAGUUGUGACUCUGGCAGGUAUGGAGAAUGAGAAGAAGGACAGUAUCAUUGGCUUUCUUAGCACGCCUAUCCAAGUGGAGACUGUGAUUACCAUGGAGCCUGGGAUGCUGAAAUACAUUCAGAUCCACUGUCACCAACUAUUGGCCGACAUGGAACCAGUCUCGAUAUUUCCAUUGGAAUCGGAAGACGUCACUGGAUUUAGAUUGCAUGGGAUCGCAAAUGCCUGCCAGAAUGUGGAUGAGAUUCUGCGAAGUGUGGUUAGCUCAGUGCUUACCAGAACCAUAACCGUAAACCAGCCUGGCGUGUCCCGUUUCCUGGUUGAGGAAGAGGGAACCAGCAUCCUUGCAGAAAUGCAGACCAAAUUUCAGGUUUACAUCAGCAUGGAGAAAGUCCGCUGGGAACCUCUGGAAGACCAGGACAUCUUUGAAUUGGCAUGGAAAUUGACAUCCCAGCAAAACUUUCAGAGAAGUUCCUCAGCCAGCAACCAUGGUUCUGUUCAACCUCUGAGUCCAUCUUUAAACAGGACUGAUGUUAAUUCUAAUGAUGUCAAUGGUGCGGACAGAGAUCUAAUCGAGAAGGCAAAGAAGCUCGUCUCAGUCAUUGAUCCAACACAAGAUCUGGACAAAGAGGAUUUGUACACUGCUCCCGAACCUAUGGCUCACAGUUCAUCCAGUGACACAGACAACCAGGCGAAUGACUCUGCCAUGUCUGUGGAAGAGGCACUGCGGCCUACGCCAGAAGGAGUGGGUAAUGAAGAGCUACAGGUAGAAGAAGCGAUGGCCUGUGCCAAUCGCCACUCCCUGGAGGCUGGAAUGACACAAACAGACCUUGAGGAGGAUGCUAUGCUGUCCUUAGCAAUACAGUACUCCAUGGAACACUGCAGCCAAGCAGAAGAUGCAGACGAGGAACUGCAAAAAGCUAUUGAAAUGUCUAAGAAAGAAAUACGGCACGAUAACACCACUGAUUUGCAGCUUGAACAAGCCAUCCAAAUCUCGCUCCAGGAUGCCAUUAAAGCAGCCAACACUGCUGUAAUUCGUGUGUUCGCUGGCUAUAACCAUGACCUCAUCAGAGUGGACAUUGCCCUUGGGAAGAAGGUCAGCUUGAGGCAGUGCCAGGAGAAGGUGGAGCACAAGUGCCUUAAGUGCCUGUCCGAGCACCAAAAGAAAUGUGUGAAUCUCAUCCGAAGGAAACAUGCAGUGGAAAUUCACAUCCAGGGAACCACCGCCACAGUCUCAGGGUUUAAGGACUAUGUCUUGGAAGCAGUUGCUGACCUGAAGAAGCUGCUGAACAAGAUUUCGAACAUGGAGUCUGAUUCAGAAAUUUUGCGUAAUGUGGAGUGGGUAUGGCAUGACUCAAAGUCACAGCAAACACCGUACCCUCCCGAUGCAACUGUUUUUAUAGAAAAUGCCUGGAAAAUGAGGCAGAAGAAGAUUGAGAUUGUAUUUGAUGAUAGACCUUACAGUAUUGACUUAGAAAAAAUGGAGGAAUAUAACAUUUCCUCUGGGACGUUUGUUCGUAUUGAGAGGAAAAUCCUGAGUUCCAUGGACUUUAAUAUGGACAUUCCAGAUGAUGAUUUCAGCCUCUUAUCCAACCUGCCUGAAGCAUCCAGAGUUGACGAGGACUCCGAUGAGUUCCAGAAUGUUGUCAGAGAGUUUUACGACAGUAUUCAGGAAUACCACAACAAAAUAAAAAUCAUAAAGGUGGACAAACUUACAAAUGCGCUUCUUUACAAUCAGUACAAGUUAAAAAAGGCCAGCAUGCUACAGAGUGGCACUGGCCCAGAGGUGGAGAGAACUCUAUACCAUGGAACAAGUGAAACAAGUGUGAAAGAGAUCUGUGUUCAUGGUUUCAACAGAAGCUUCUGUGGGAAGAACGCUACUGUGUAUGGCCAAGGGGUCUACUUUGCAGUGAAUUCAUCUGUGUCUGUCUCAGACCAAUACUCCCCACCCAAUGCUGAUGGACACAAGUAUGUGUUUGUGACAAAAGUGCUAACAGGAGACUUUACCCAGGGAAAGCAUGAAAUGAAGACUGCACCCCUGAAAGAGAACUCUGACAUUCCCUUAAGAUACCACAGUGUGGUAGACAACGAGAACUCGCCAACCCUAUUUGUCAUCUUCAAUGACACGCAGGCCUACCCAGAAUACCUUAUCACAUGUAAGAAAAUCCGUGGCUGAGGCAAUUUUAUUGUUAUUCGCAAGUGUGAUUUAUGGAAAUUAAAAUAAGUGCUUUAAGUAUUCAAGAUCAUUACAAGCAGUUUUUCAUGUGUAACAAAGUUUACAUUCAGAUACAUGGGGAGGAAAAUUAGGGGUAAUCCUGCAAAGUAAUUUUUGAUUAAUUUUUAUUUUUACAACUAUUUCUUUGGUUGUUUUACAUUAUGUUGUGUGUUUUGAGCUAAAAAUUUCUUGGAUGCACUGUGCUUUCUUUGAUUGGCUGACAUUUUCCUUUGCAUCAGAACCUAUGACAGUUUUUAAUCACAGUAAAUGCUUUCAUAACAAUCAAGAAGUUGCCAUGAAGAUGGACUUCUUCAGAAUGUAGACUCAGUGAGCACUUUCGGGUAGACCUCUUCACCAGCUUGUAAAUGCAAAUAUUUAAUCAGCCAAUCAUGUGGCAGUAAGUGAAUGCAUAAAAGCAUGCAGACGUGGUCAAGAGUUUCAGCUGUUUUUCAGACCAAGUGUUAGAAUGGGGAAGAGAUGUGAUUUAAGUGAUUUUGACCGUCGAAUGGUUGUUGUUGCUAGACUGGGUGAUUUGAGUAACUGCUGAUCUCCUGAGAUUUUCAUGCACAACACUCUCUAGAGUUUGCAGAGAUAGUGCAAAAAAACAAAAAACAUCCUGCGAGCAGCAGUUUUGUGGACAAAAACAUGUUGUUAAUGAGAAAGGUCAGAGGAGAAGGGCCAGACUGGUUGAAGCUGACAGGAAGGUGACAGUAACACAAAUAACCAUGCAUUACAGUGCUAUGCAGAAGAGCAUCUCUGAACACUCAAUGCGUUAAAACACUAAGUGGAUAGGGUACAGCAGCAGAAGACUUGAGUCUAAAAAAAUAAGUCUAAUAAAUACCCGAUAAAGUGCUCACUUAGUGUAUAUCCCAAAGAUAUGUGCAUGAGGAAUACUGUGACUAAAAUGUAUCAAAAUAUUUGGAGUAUUCCUAGCCUAGAUUUUCUGCAACAUACAUGUUAGCUCUAACAGACCAGAAUAGUAAUGUGAUGCACAUAUUGGAAAUUGCAAAUGAAUGUGAAGCAUAAUAUUUUAAUGAGGAUACUUACUUAAUAGCUGUCAUUCAGUCAUAAAUCAGUGAGAUCAUAAUCAGUAAAGUACUAUUUAAUUCUUUAAUUUCUUUUCUCUCUUGGUUUGUGAAUAGAUCUGUGGUUUCCUUGAAAUUUGUGUAAUUAAAUGAGCGGUCAUUUAUCUUA